AUUUAUUCUUUAAAAAAAUUAAUAAACUGAUACACUUAUUGAUAUAAUUUAAUACCCUUAAUUUGUUGUAUAUGUUCUUAAAAUGUUACAGAGCUGUUAAUCAUGUCCUUACCACUGUAUAUUUCAUGUUGCAAACGUGUCUGGAUUUCUAUAGCUCAAUCUUAGUUGAGACCCCUGAAUAUGCUAACCCAGGCAAUGAGAUCCAGCUCGAAACAACAAACGAAAGUUAUACAUCACCUAUUGCCCAGGAUGACCAACGAACAUAUCAAGGCCUGCUUGAUGACAACAGUGAGUAUUUGUCUAUGAUUAUUUCAUCAUGUGCAUGACAUACAACUGAUUUCCUAGAGAUCAAUUUGGACUGCAAAGAAAGAAUAAUAAUAAUAAUAAUAACGAAUUAUUUCUCAUAAAUUUGGCUUUGGCUUGCUUGCGUAGCAGGUGCUUGAAAGUAAUAUGAGCACAAGAAAGUAUGGGGCACACGAAGAAGCCAGCUAAGAUCCCCUUGCCACUUGUAACGCUUUUUCAUCAUUUUUUAUAUCUAAUUAUAUUUUGAAUUGUUUUAGAUUAUAUUUUUAAUUGUUUUAAUUUUAAUUAAUGUGCUUGUCUUAUUAAGUUAUUAUAGUGCAGAUUUUUUUUAUAGUUUUGUAAUUAUCAAACAUAGAUGUAUUUAUUGUGAUGGAAAAGGUUUCUUGGCACAUACACGAAGAAGAAAUGUGAAACUGUGAUUAGGGUAAAUGCAAUACCUGCAUUGGCUACGCUACUUUAAUAAUAGCCAACCCCAUUAAAAUCCUACAUUUUUUUCAAAGCCAGGGCACUGAGUUCAUGUUUACUCCAACCUAAAGGAGAUUGAGUAUAUCUCUACUUGCAAUAUUGCAGCCGUUAUUAAAACCCGCCCUUCCCAGUUACCUAAUAUAUUUCUCUCGUUCCCCCGAUUCUUAAAAUUUAACAGGCUUCCUCCCCCGAGCUUCGGGAGGUUCUGAGAUACGCCUAUUUCAAGUUAUCAGUGAUAAAGAGGUGCCUAGAAGAAAGCCGUUAGUGACUUAGGAGGGACUUUUCUGAAAACCCCAUAAUAACAUUUCCCCCCUGAUUUCUUUGCUAGGGCAAAGCAACGUGGCAGCAAGAUACAACAGUGCUGAAAGUAACUAUGAGAACUGCCCUGUGUACCAAACCCUAAACAAGAAGAAUCCUGGGACACCUGUGUACCAGUUACCUGUGUACCAAUCUAAUGGUCAGCCAACUAACUCCGGCAAUGAGAUCCAGUUGGAAACACCAAAAGCAAGAACGUCACCUAUUGCACAGGAAGACCAAUCAACAUAUCAAGGCUUGCUCAAUGAAAACAGUGAGUUUAUGUCUAUGAUAAUUGCAUCGUGUGUACCAUGCAACUGAUUUUCUAUCAAUUUGGAUUGUCAAGAAAACAUAGUAAUAUGAAUAAUAAAAUUAUGUCACAUGAAUUUAUCUUUAAUGAGUAUAUGAAAUAAAUGACCUAAUAAUCACCAGUUAUUCUUGGUUUGCAACCAAGUGACAAGGCGGCCAUGUUGGAAGUCAAUACGAUAGAAUUUUUUUUUUUCACAAGGUAUUUACAUGGAAAUGGAUUUUUGUUUCCAGAGGAGAGAAUCGCUUUUGUUCUUGACCACCAAGAUGGUCAACGUUACAUUACUUGCAAACCAGCCAUUGCAUCUACUAAAUUGUUACAAAUUUUAAAAGGGCAUCAACACAGAUAAGAGAUUAGUGUACGUAGGAGCUGCUCACCAGGUCUCUCCUAAUUGGUCGCAGGAAACAAUGAUAUUUUAUUCUUUCAAUUGUUUUAGUAUUGUUUGGGGUCAGGGUAAGGCACCAUUGGUGACUUCUCUUCCGAACAGGUGCUACAUUACUCAGAUAAGAGGGUGUAUUAACUUAAUUUAUUUUGAUGUUGCGCAAAUUAAUGUACGAAUAUAUACAUAAACAACUGCGCAUGAAUUCAUAAAAAUAUUAUUAUUAGUUUGGUCAAUAAAAAUUGUAGUAUUGUGCUCUGUUGUUGCUUUCAUGGAAACCCAUUUGUUUUAUGGUCCUUUUGCUGAAUUUUUAAUGUCGGCGAUUACUCUUAGUUUUUGCAGAAGGGCAUUUCACCAUUUGCACCACAACUGAAAUUUCAAAGAAGUGUUCAUAAAUGAAUGGGUCAUUGAAAAUUUAGCACAAGUUAUAUUCGUUUGCUGAUUCAGCUCUAUGUCACUGGCGUGGAUUCGCCCUUCUGGUACUGAAUAAGCUUGUCUCUUUUCUAGGGCAAAGUAACUUGGCAGCAACAUACAACAAGGCUGAAGGUAGCUAUGAGAACUGCCCUGUGUACCACACCCUAAACAAAAAGAAUCCUGGGACACCUGUGUACCAGACACCGGUGCACCAGUCUAAAGGUCUACCAGAGGGUGCUUCGACAGGGAUUAAUGAGGAACAAGAUGGUCAUGGGACUCAGUAUGAGCCCCUGAGGCGGCCCUGA